AUGGACGCCUCCUCCCUCCGCAUCUCCAAGUUCGAUGGAACUAACUUCCACGCCUGGAAGUUCAAGAUGCAGAUGGUGCUGGAGGAACGGGACCUAUGGGAGGUCGUCAGCGGUGAGAUCAAGGCGGAACAGUGCGAGACUCAGUUGGACCAAGCGACGUACAAGAGGAAGUCAAGAAAGGCGAUGGCAGUGAUCUGUCUAGCCAUGGAAGAUUCCCAGCUACCGUUGGUCCGGUCGGCAAGUGGUGCAUGCGACGCAUGGUCAAGGUUGGAAGACCACUUCGAGAAGAAGAGUCUUGCCAACAAGCUGUUCUUGCGCCGUCGCUUCUUCACGACAAUGAUGGAAGAAGGCGACGAUGUGCUCGAACACAUCAACAAGCUCAAGACGCUGGCGGAACAGCUAGAAGCGGUGGGGGCUCCAGUCUGCGAGGACGAUCUGGUGAUCACACUCCUCGGCAGCCUGAGUGACUCGUAUCAAUUCUUGAUCACAGCUUUGGAGUCGCGCUCAGACACUCUUAGCUGGGAGCUCGUGACGUCUCGACUGCUUCAUGAAGAAAUGAAGCGGAAGGAGCAAGGAAGUAAAGGUGAUGAAGCUUCGCAAGGUCAAGCGUUCAUCACAAGGGACAAUCAGCGCAAAGGGCGACCAGUGAAGAAGUCCUGGCCGUGCCACAAUUGCGGAAAGAUUGGUCACUGGAUGGCGGAGUGCCCCUCGCGCAUCCAAGAAAACACGGAGAGACACCGGCCACAGCGUGCUCAAGACAGCGGCGACCGCUAUCGAUCACAACGUGCAAACGUCGCUCAAGAAGAAGACUCGGGCGACUACCUCUUUUCGAUCGGUGAAACGACAUCUGCGAAAUCGAGCGACAUCUGGCUGGUCGACUCCGGGGCGACGCAGCACAUGACGUGCUCCAAGAAGUUCAUGCGGAACUACAAGGGGUUUGACGCUGUGGAUGUCCAUCUCGCGGAUGAUGGAAUCGUCCAAGCAAUCGGCAGUGGGGACAUUGUCAUGUCGAUGAAGACACCCCAAGGGAUGAAGAAAGGUGUGCUCACAAACGUGUGGCACAUCCCAAAGUUAUCCAGAAACCUGUUCUCGGUCGGCCGCUUCACCAAGGAUGUCGGCCCAGUGACGUUCACGAAGGAUGGGUGCUAUGGAGAAGCGAAAGGGACCAAGUGGAAAAUUGGUGCCCGUGAAGGUAAAGGACUGUUCAAGCUGCAAAUGACUCCAGUGGCGCCGGAACAAGCAAAUGCAGCCAAGUCGUCGGGAUGUCAAGGGGGCACCAAGUCGUACCUCUGGCACCUUCGGCUUGGCCACAUAGGUCACGAUGGACUCAAUUGCAUCGUGACGAAGAACAUUGGAAUUGGCAUCGACAUAUCUUCGGUGAAGAAGUGGGACGUGUGUGAAGGUUGUGCUCUGGGAAAACAGACUCGAGUGCGCUUCCAAUCAAACACUACAGCUCGCACCUCCAAACUCCUCGAAGUGAUUCACAGCGACGUAUGCGGACCGAUGUCGAUGGCAACUUUCAGUGGAAAACGGUACUUCGUGACAUUCAUUGAUGACAAGUCAAGAUACUGUGUCGUCUAUCUGCUCAAGAGCAAAUCUGAAGUUGCGGCGAAGUUCAUGGAAUACGCUGCGAUGGCCGAAACGCAAACCGGAAAGCGCGUGAAGUACCUUCAAAGCGACAAUGGGGGUGAAUACAAGUCCGACAAGCUGGCACGAUUCUGCGCGGAACGGGGAAUACAACAAAGGUUCACACCCCCAUAUACUCCUCAGCUAAACGGAGUAGCUGAGAGAAUGAAUCGCACGCUGGUCGAGUGUGCGCGUUGCAUGAUGGAACACGCUGGACUGGGAAAGAGCUACUGGGGUGAAGCAGUGAUGACGGCGAUGUUUCUUCGAAACCGCUGUCCAACACGUGCCAUUCACCAAGACAAGUCUCCAUAUCAAGUGUGGACGAUGAAGAAACCGAUUCUGGCCAACCUUAAAGUGUUUGGAUGCCACGCGUAUGUUCAAGUGCCUCAAGACAAACGCGCGAAGUUCGACUCCAAGUCAUCACUCUGUCGUUUCCUGGGAUACGCCGAACACCAGAAGUCAUAUCGAUUUGAGGAAGUGUCAACAGGAGCGAUCAAGAUCAGUCGCGAUGCCACAUUCAUGGAAGACAAGUUUGAUGAAGGUCCGCGCAACUACAACGAUGAGUCAAGUGUCCGACGAUGA